AUGGCUUCUUCAGCUGAAUAUGAUUAUAUUUGUCCUGUGUGUCAGGAUAUCUUCAAGACUCCAGUUAUUUUAUCAUGUAGUCACAGUUUCUGUCAAGAGUGUCUUCAGCAGUUUUGGAGAAGCAAGAAUACUCAGGAGUGUCCCGUCUGCAGGAGAAGAUCUUCCAAAGGACACCCUCCAGUUAAUCUGGCUUUAAAGAACUUGUGCGAGUUGUUCCUGGCAGAGGGAAAUGAGAGACGUUCAUCAGGAUCUGAGGAGAUCUGCAGUUUACACAGUGAGAAACUCAAACUCUUCUGUCUGGAGGACAAACAGCCUGCAUGUUUAGUCUGUUGUACUUCAGAGAAACACCUCAAACACACAUUCAGACCCAUCAGUGAAGUGGUCCCAGCAAAGAAGGAGGAGCUCAACAUAGCGCUGAAAUCCUUACAGGAGAAACUUAAACGUAAUGAAAAGGUGAAAGGAGAGUUUGAGAGAGCAGCUCGACACAUCAAGGCUCAAGCUGAGCACACAGAGCGUCAGAUUAAACAGCAGUUUGAGAAGCUUCAUCAGUUUCUCCGAGAUGAAGAAGAAGCUACAAUCACUGCACUGAGGGAGGAAGAGGAGCAGAAGAAGCAGAUGAUGAAGGAGAAGCUGGAGGAGAUGAACACACACAUCUCAGCUCUUUCACACACGAUCAAAGACACGGAGGAGAUGCUGAAAGCCAAUGACGUCUGCUUUCUGAAGGAGUUUCCAGUCUCAAUGGAAAGAGUCCAGAUCUCACAGCCGGAUCCACAGAUGCCUUCUGGAGCUUUGAUUCAUGUGUCUCGCUACUUGGGCAACCUGCCGUUCAGAGUCUGGAAGAAGAUGCAGGACAUUGUCCAGUACACUCCUGUCAUCCUGGAUCCAAACACGGCAAAUCCACGACUCCGCCUGUCUGAUGAUCUGACCAGAGUGACAAUCAGAAGAAAACAACCAGUUCUUGAUAAUCCAGAGAGAUUUGACUGUUAUCGCUGUGUUCUGGGUUCAGAGGGUUUUAACUCAGGAAAACACUGCUGGAUCGUGGAGGUUAAAAAGAGUAAAAUCUGGAGUCUUGGAGUAACAACAGCAUCAAACCAGAGGAAGGGAGGGGGUUUCUUUAACUCUGAUGUCUGGAGUGUGUGGUAUGACCCUGAUAAACUGUUUGAGUCUGGUUUUCAUGUUGAUCAGGCUCUUGAUCGAGUGCGAGUUGAUCUGGAUUAUGACAGAGGAACAGUGUCUUUCUCUGAUCCUGUAAAUAACAAACAUCUACACACUUACACAACCACCUUCACUCACACUCUCUACCCUUUCUUCAUGUGUUAUAACAAUUUCUUUUCAUACUCUUCUUCCUCUCUAAAGAUUUUGCCGUCCAGUAUUCAGUAGCAUUACAGCUGUACAGUGAGUCUCUGUUUUUAUCAAGUCUCUAAUAUAAAAUGUUUUUUAAAAGAGAUUAAUCAUUUCAUUCAGCAAAGCUAAAAUUUAAAACUCAGUUGAUGAAAAUGACUACACACACACACAGUCUCUUAUUUCUAUUUUAAUUAGUGUUUAAUAAAUUGUUCAAAUCAAUCUCUAGAAAUAUGUUAAAUUAUAAUAUAAUGAUAAGUUUAUUACAAUAAAUACAAAAGCAUCAAAAUCAGGGGGCUGUUCUUUAUACGUGGAUUACUCAGUUAGCUGGAUUUGGAUAUUGACGAUUUGACAUGAUCCACGAUCGUUUCGUUCAAAUCUGAUUCAAGAGUUGUUGUCAUAGCAACAGUUCUGC